AUGGUUAGAUGUGCAUCAGAAAAUCAAGAAAAAUUCAAAACUGGCUUUUAUUUCGAGAUGCUCAACUAUUUGGUUUCAACAGUUUCGGCACUUAUAACUAUAUUUUUACUUUUAUUGUCAUUUUGAAAUUGAAAAGGGUGGCUUUGGAUUUGUUUAAUCGCACUUGCUCUUUUGUUCUUAGGCUUUUGUUAUUGCAAAGUUCGAUCAUAUAUUAAGGCACUAUCAGCAUCGAAUAUAGAUAGCCCAGAAAGGUAUUAUGAGAAAAUUUGCAGAUGGUGCAUUUGAAUGAACUCCAUGAAGAGAUGGGGAAGUGAAUCAGGAGUUACUUGAUGACUAUUUUAA